CCUCCAAUUUCUUAUUUUGUCCUCGUGAGUUGCACGAGUUGCACGAAACAAUAUUCAUUUUUGACAGAAUGGCCCAGCAAGAGGUCGCUGAUGGCAAGGCGUGCGAUUCUACAGCAUCCAACGGCGGCGAUGCAUUCGUGCCUCUAGAUCUUGAAAACACUUCUCUCAUCGAGUCUACACUUCCUCCAGAAAUAUGGACACUGGUUCAAUCUUCCCGUGCAAACUUUCCACCAGAGUAUUUUCUAGACGUCAGUCGCAAUUUACUAGAAAAUCCCAACCUCACGGCCUCGCAUCUAUCAAGAGCUGAACUCUCUUAUAAGAGCUUCACAGAUGCAACAUAUAAUCCAGAAGCCCGGCACCCACACGAGCUUGCUAGCAUUGUGAAGCACAUGAAAGCCGAUCACCAGCCGCGGCUCAUUCCUGCCCUUGCAGGAUAUAAACUCGAGUGGUCGGUGGUCAGGAAAUUGAUCCCAAGAAAUCCAAAACUAGAUGAAGCUCUAUUGCAAACCUGCCAUUUGUACACCUCAACCGCUAAGAUAACCGUCCGCGAGAAAGAUGGAAGUACACAGACGAUCGAUGCCGAGCGGUAUCUCGUCAUCUACUUACCACACGUCUCAGACCCGGAAUCGAUUCCAUUCUUUCACCCUAAAGUGCGGGGUGUAGCUAUAUUGUACACUUUCCAACCUAAGGCAUCCUCAAAUGUGUCUCCUGGAACACUUUCAAUCUACUAUGACUUGUUCCCUGAACGGCCACUGGAUAACAGGAUGUCCCGCACUGCACUCAAAAUGCUGGAAAUCAUACAUAAGCACUCCAAGGGUAGGGCCCAGGGUUACCAAAAGCGAGUUCAUCAUGAUCUGAUCAUCCCCCAAAAAACAUUCCAAGACACCUAUGCAUAUUUGAAAGGGAAGUAUGCUCAGGACAUGAUCGGCAAUUGGGUCGAGCAGACUCCACCGGAGAAACACGUUUUCGAAGAUCUAGGAAUUGCAGCGUUCUUAAUAGAAUUGUGGAACGAAAUGUACGGCCAAAGCACAUCUGAGACGGAGCUCGCAUCCAAAAUCGAUGAGACCUCAUUACAAGACGGUGAUCAAGACGAGGAUGCUGCCAGAGCGAAGAGACAGUUAAAGGCACAGGAACAUUUCCCCGGGUUCGUGGACAUCGGGUGUGGAAAUGGUCUGCUUGUGUACAUCCUCAACAAGGAGGGAUGGUUGGGGUGGGGUUUUGAUGCUAGGCGGCGAAAGACAUGGGAUACUUUCGAGGAAAGAUACCAGUUGAAUCUCAAAGAGAUGCUUUUGGUACCAGAAGUACUAAAGUCCGAAAAAAACGACGAUGACGACACCGAGUCGGAUUCCCUACCAUCACACAACGGCAGCUUUCCCACUGGGACUUUCAUCAUUUCCAAUCACGCCGACGAAUUGACAGCCUGGACACCUUUGCUCGCGUAUCUUUCGGAAAGCCCGUUCAUCGCUAUACCAUGUUGUAGCCAUAACUUUGGCGGAACACGGUUCCGAGCUCCGUACCAUCCCCAGCAAUUCCCAAACGCUACCGCAAAAGCUGGGAAGCAACCGUCUGCCUACAACUCUCUCUGCAGCUAUGUGUCCUACCUGACGACUCAAAUGUCAUACGUCCCGGAAAGAGAGUUCUUGAGGAUCCCCACAACACGUAAUAUCGCAAUUAUAGGAAGAAAGAGAAAGGACGAACAACAGGAGGCAGAGAAUGAAGAAACAAAGAUGAAUACUGUGAGAGCUCUAGUUGAAAAGGAAAUGGGAGGAGACACGUCAAUUGAACAAGUGCGGUUGCAGUGGUUAAAAAGAGGGAGCGGGUUGAUGAAGCCUGGGAGUGGAGGUCAUUGA